UUAGAAGCCGCCUCCCACGUCGCAAUACGUCGUCGAACGUGGGUGUUUAGUUGAUUCUAUAAGAAGUUAAUCUGGGAUGUUUUGCCUUGUUUUUCCUGUUUGAUCGACGGCACUGCAACGCACCACCUGCGUUCCACUCAUCAGGGACUGUAAACACAAGUAAGCUAUGGGUGGUCUGGUCAACGGAUGGCGUGGAGGAAGAUCUCCGCCUUUAAUAAUCUGCGCCCUUGUCGCUUGCAUCCUUCUCCUGGGCUUCAACUACUGGGUGUCCGGCUCGCGUAACCUCGAGCUCCAGGCUAAACUGUAUGAACUUGAGGUCCAAGUGCGUGAUGGAGCACUUGAGCGCGGGGCGGCCGAGGUACAGCGAUACGAGUUCCAGAACAUAAUCCAGAAGCAGAAAGAUGAGACUGCUCACAUUCAGAUACUCCAUAAGAAACAGCUGGAGGCAGCCCAGAACACCUGCAGCCAGGAGAAGGCAACACUGGAACAGAAAGUCUCCACUGGCACCAAAACCAUACAGGAACUGAAGGACCAACUAAAUGAGAAGACCAAAGAGUUGGAGAAGCUUGAGAAGGCGCUACAGGCUUGCCAGAACAAUGUCAAAACCCUCAAUGACAAACUCACGUAUGACAUGACGCAGUGUAACUCGCAGCUCCUCUCCCAGAAGGAGUUGUGUGAUGAGCGUGUGACUGCCACCAAACUGGAAGCCCAAAAGAAGGUGGACAAGGCGGACAACGAUGCCAUACAGGUGGAUGGCACCGCGGCAAACACGUCCCUCAAGGCGUCAGCAGACAUGAGCCACUCUUCCAAUCUUACCUCGGCCAAGAACAUCUUGAAGAAACAAGGUGCUGCAGUAACCACCGUGGAGAGUGACAUCCAGUCAGACGUGACUAAAGACAGCAUGAAAAAGCAUGAUGUGGCCGUGUUUGCACACGAAAGCAAGUCCUCUUUGCCAAGUAACCAGACGCAAGUGGAGGUGAUGGCUGCUAAUACACAAGCAGCAGUACCAGCGACGGGACACGUGUCAAUCGAUCAAGGGAUGACCGACGUUGCUACCGUGGAGGAGAAGCUUGGUGAAGUGGAUAAUUUUGACCAUGAAUACCAGCAGAUGCUGGAAGGACGAGGACUUGAUCUGGACAAACAGCAACGCUUGCUGGAUACCACCAUCGACAAAGUGAUGGAGGAUGAGCUGGCCGACUACAACGGUGAUGACGACAAUGAAGGAGAGUUCGAGGCAGAUAAGCAGGCUGCGCUGGCUCAAAUUUAAGGAAAAAAAAGCACACAGUGGACACAUGAUGAACUGGAAAGGACAAAAAGACGAAUUGAAGACAUUUUGACUGUCUGUUGAUCAGUUAAGCAGCGGAAAACAACAGCACAACCUUUUAACUUUGAAAAUAAAAUAAAAGAUAUUUAUAAGUCCUAUUUGAGUGAUAGGACGGACCUGCAUAGUCAUUUACAAAAUGUCCACUGAAUGAAGUUGGGAGCCAUAUUAUGUGUCCUGAUAAAGGGACGAGAACCAUUGAAGAAUGAACUCAUCUACUUUGCACCAGCAGAUCACUUUGAUUUGAUGUAUGUUUGUGUUUUUAAUGUGUAAAUGUUUUGACCUGCUGAACAAAUAAAAGAAAAUACUAUAGAAGCCAGUCAAUAAAAGUGGUCUUGAUAUGA